AUGCGCAUAGAAGCCCAUCACGUCGAUAUGGGCACAGUGUCCUGGAAAGACCUCCCCCACGACGACUACGGUCCCCAGUUGCUUCUCGCCGUAUGGGCGUUUGUCUGCGUGUCCGGCAGCUUCAUCGGCCUGAGGAUAUAUUGCAAAGUCUCGCGCCUACGAGAGCUGUGGGUGGAUGACCACGUGCUGAUCGCAUCCUGGUUCGCUCUCCUGGCUUUGGGUGUGUUUGUCACCGUCGAUGUAUCUUAUGACUUUGGCAAACACAACUGGGACGUGGCGCAAGAUAACUGGCCGUGGCUCCUGCUCUACGCCAACCUGGGUGGCUCGUUCUCCAUCAUCGCAGCGGCAUGGUGCAAGACCUCCUUCGCGCUGACCCUCUUGCGCAUCACGCGAGAGUCCUCCGAGCCCUGGAUAAAGCGGCUAGUCUGGUUCAUCAUCCUCUCGGUUAACAUUGCCCUUGGCCUCAACGUCUUGUUCACUUGGAUCCAGUGUUGGCCAAUCGAGAAGACUUGGCGGACAGCGACGCCUGGAGAGUGUUGGCGUAAGAGUAUACCGGUGAACUACAACGUAUUUGCCGCGUCGUAUUCCGGGGCAAUGGACAUUGUUCUUGCAAUUCUGCCCUGGAAGAUCUUGUGGGGUCUUACCAUGACCAAAGGAGAAAAGCUCGGUGUUUUGGUUGCCAUGAGCAUGGGUGUUUUCGCUGGUGCAGUAUCGUUUAUCAAGAUACGGGCCCUUGCCGCCAUUGCAUCCUUCGAUAUCAUCGACACCGUCGAGUUGGUGAUAUGGGGUGCGGCGGAAAGCGCUGUGACCAUCAUCGCGGCAUCGAUACCCGUCUUGAGAGCCCUGUUUCGUGACACCAAACCCUCUCCAGCAAGAUUCGCCAUCGACGAUGAGUCAAUUAUACGACAGUCUCACACGGCUUCGUUAGCAACAGCCAUUGCUGGGUCCCCGAAGAAGAGCAGACCAAAAUCGGAGCUAGCAGUUGUCUCGACGAUCAUGUUAGGUUAA